AUGAGAUGCUACCCAAUUUUAGGACAGGUCCGCUUUGACGCUGCACAGGACAUUGCAGAGUUUUCAAAUUCUCUGAAGUUUGUUGGUGGAUAUUCAGGUAAACUGACUAGCUGCUGAGUUUGUUAGAUUGGCAUACACUGUUAAAGGCUACUCAGGGUCUUUUGUCGAGUAAUUCAAAUAAGCCUUGUAGAUCCCAAGCUUCUUGCAAAACCUCUGGUUCACUGCAAAGAAAUUAAGAAUGACAGGUUUUGGUACAUAGCAGCUCUACAUGUUGUAGUCAGCACAGUUGGUCUUUACUGCUUCACUAAACUAGAGCUACUGUAUCACUUCAACCCAAACACUACUAGCAGAUCAUUUGACAGCUUGUUAUGCAAUACAUGCUUUGAUUAGAGAUUUUAGAGUUGGAGAACAAAAACAUACAACCCAAUCUAUGCAGAUUGGGCUCAUAGUCAUGCCAAACUUGCAUAGAACCAAGCUGUAAAAUUCAGCCGUAAGGCAUAAUAUUUUGAGCAUUAAGAAGUAUUAAAUAUAGCAAGGUGCAAACUCUCAUAAUUUUUUUGCUAAAUGUAGAGACAACCACUCCUUAUCACUGCUACCACUACUACAGGGUCUGUGAAUGUUCUUUCUCUUUGCCAAGAGUAAGAAUGAUCACACUCUUUUAUUCUGAAUAUAAUAAUCUGGGAUAUUUACCACUCCCUCAUCUUGACACAAGAGUUUAGAAUGUCUACUUAGUACUUAAACAUGCACAGAAAGAGCAAGAAAAGUUUGUACAGUGUUUACAUCUGAGCUACCCAGGUUGCAUGAACAAAAGGACAGCUAUCUAAUCAGAAAAUUCACAGCUUGGUUUUCUUUUUCUAUUAGGAGAGAAAGGGACGCCUGACUCGCCUAGGCUGUCAACAAUUGAUGUUGUGACUUCCCAGCUGGCAGUUCAGGAGAGCAGCCAAAGGACUGUUGUGUAACAGCGAAAGUGUUUGUGUAAUCUUUCACCAACUGUGCUUGGAAUCUGCUCUUGCACCUCGAUUCGUAUGCGGGACCUACUCCAGCGGGCUAGCAGUUCAAGCUGGCCCCCAAAAUGCCAUUCAGCUGCUGGGACAUCUCAGCAGGUCACCCAGGUCCUCUUCGCCCUGGCCUGCGGCAAAAGGACAUUAUGAUCGCUUUGUUAGGGUUCCCUCCUCCAGUUAGAAGUGGGAGACUGUUGGUGUGAAUGAAUAUAAAGUCAAAGCAUCAGAAGAGACCAGGGGCCAUUGACCCUGAUUCCCCCUACAGUAAGACAGCAAUCUCUGCCCAUCCACAUCAAAAGGGCCAAUUUAUGCAUUCCAUAUCACAGCAGGAAACAAGCUAAGUUGCAGAAGGGCAUUUACAGGGCAAAAAACUUGAAGCAACACAAUCCUAGCUGCUACUGAUGCUGGUAUAACUAUACUGACAGAGGGUGAAUAUGCUGCGUGGAGAAAGAGAGAUGACUAGCGUAGGUGCUACAGGUUGCUGGGUUUUUUUUCUUUUUCUUUCUGAUAUUGCGGCUUCUAUUGUCUAUGGAACCCCUCCCCAUUUUCUUUGAUAUGGGUCUUAGAAAACUUUAUUCCCAGCCUACCUUUGAUUAGAAAAUUUGGGGUUUUUUUAAAAUCAGUUAUUAUAUUGUGACUUGAUUAUGUUAACUGGCUGUUGUGGUUUUCUUUUAAUGCUGCUGUAUUAUUUUUGGGAUUUUUAAAGCAUUUUUCAUUUGCAUGUGAUUUUAAUGAUGAGGUUUACUUGUCAUUAUUAUAUUUUCAUUUGUAACUCCCUGACAUGGGAGUUUUUGACAUGGUUUUGAAAAAGCAUAUAAGAUAUGUAAAUAAAAGAAAUAUUGUAUUUUAAACCAGUGCUUUACAUGAUUAUCAAGACAUUUUGUGGAUUCUGA